AAAAUUUGCUGAGCGGGGACACAGUACGGUUGCAGAAUGUGGUCCCCGGACACCCCACUCACCCACCACCACCACCCCCUGUACGAUGUACACUGAGGAAACACAAACCGAACCGGAAGCCGCGGACACCUUUCACAACUCAGCAGUUGCUGUCUCUGGAGAAGAAGUUCCGGGAGAAGCAAUACCUGAGCAUCGCAGAGCGGGCAGAGUUCUCUUCCUCGCUGCACCUCACUGAGACACAGGUGAAAAAUUUGCUGAGCGGGGACACAGUACGGUUGCAGAACGUGGUCCCCGGACACCCCACUCACCCACCACCACCACCCCCUGUACGAUGUACACUGAGGAAACACAAACCGAACCGGAAGCCGCGGACACCUUUCACAACUCAGCAGUUGCUGUCUCUGGAGAAGAAGUUCCGGGAGAAGCAAUACCUGAGCAUCGCAGAGCGGGCAGAGUUCUCUUCCUCGCUGCACCUCACUGAGACACAGGUGAAGAUCUGGUUCCAGAACAGGAGGGCGAAGGCGAAGCGACUGCAGGAAGCCGAGAUUGAGAAAUUGCGGCUAUCUGCGCGGCCCCUCUUGCCGCCAUCAUUUGCCCUAUUUGGGGGCCCAGGUAUUCACGGGGCCCAUCCCGGAGCUGGUCUCAUGCCGCCCCUAUUUGCAGCAGCAAUGGCCGCAGCCGCAGCUGGUAGGGGCCCUCCACACCUGGGACUGUUCUCCCAGCCGGGUCCCCAACACGGCCUGAUGGGCGCCUUGCAGCACCAGUGACGGACGAUAUCCACUCUGCAGAAAUAUUAUGAAACGACGCCUAAACGAGAAAGAAUAACCUUAAUACUUACCAGACUCCCUGAGCGUUGGUCCCCUUACCGAGACUAGUCAGCUUAUGUUCCUAGAAACAGUUCAGUUGUUUCCCCAUCCCUUCGAAUUUUCCAUUCUAUCUAUCUCCGACGUACCACAUAAGCACGAAUAUAAGGUGAUCCCCAUUUUUCCAAUGAUAAAAUCAGAAAAUAACAUAGCCUUUUUGUUACAAAAUUGAAAGUAUAAAUAUGAUGUUUUAGGACAUUAUCCAUCGUCAUAUUUUUAUCCCAAACACCGUCCUGUUUAUAUUUCAAAACACAACGUUUCGGAAGCUGGAUUCUGUCUUCGUCUUCAUGUAAAAUCUAUUCAGUUGGGCUCAAUCGAUAGAGUUAGUCCCUUGAAUGUAAUUUAAUUCUGACAGUUGCAAGCAAAAAGGACUAAAUCUUUAUUAUUAAGGAAUAAUACAUUCAUAAUUGAAUGCCUUAUAUAUAAUUCUAGGCAUUUGCACAAACGUCACUACAAUUAGUAAUUACAACUUUCACCAUCUCAUCUACAUAUUUGCUUUUACGGACCCGAAAAAAAGUGACCUCUUUUUUCUCUAAAAAGCAUUAUUUCAAAACGUCAACUUAUAUUCACCCUAAUACGAUUCUACUUGUCAGUAACAAGGAUUGCUUGGUUUUCGGCUUGUUUAACAAUGAUUUGUCGAAUGCAUUUGGUAACUAGCUUCAUACAGCUGAGUUCUUUUCCAGAAACUCUUAGUCAUUCAGUUAUUGAUGAAGUUUCCGCCUCUACUAUGAAACCCGAAAGUUUACACGCGCUUGCCACUGGACCCUAUCCAAAGCCGGCUCAUUUCGGUUCACACUCUCAACACAUGGUUCUUUGUGAUAUAAUCACUUUUCUGCUAUGUACGUCUGUCUCUCCCAAAUGAAUUUCUUCUCUCGAGGUUUAAUCCAUUAGUCAUCUCUCCACUUGUGCAAGACGGCAUCUCUUCCUGAAAUUCAUGAUGCUAAUGACAUUUCGCUCAGAGUACAAAUUAGAAAUAUCUUAAUUCACCCCUUCUGUCACUGUCUCUCUGUUUUAUUCAGUCUCCUGAGAACUCUUUCCUCAAAUAGAAAAAUAAUACCAAACAAUGCAGUAGUUAUUAAUGACUUUGGCUUACAAAGGAUUUUUUAAUUUAUCUGUCGCGGAACGUUCAAGGUAAUAUAAUAUAAUUUCGCCUGAAAGGUUUGAGAAAAUCCAUGAAAAUCAUAAUUAAAACAAGCUGUGUCAGAGCCGAGAAUCGAACCGAAUGCCUCCUGAAUACGAAGCUGAGCUUCCCACAAUGUGACACUGUACAAAAGUGGGUGCCAUCCAAACACUUGUUAUGUAUUACGAUUUAUCAGUGGACGUUCCUGGAAAUACAAGGACAGUAGAUUUCGUAUGCUCAAACCGCCCGUGAGGCGUAGAGCCAUGAAUGAGGAGAGUUGCUUUCUUAGCAGGAAUUUAAACUAAUACAAAAACCCAUUUUACUGUGAUCUUUUAUCAUUGUCGAUACGAAAUUAUAAAUUACUAAUUUAUUUUUAAUCAAGGACACUAGGCCAGGCACAAGACGAACUGGACAAGAACACGAUAAUGCCAUGAUAUACAACAGACUAAACAUUGAGGCUAUAAAAGUUCUGUUUCACCCUUCAUGUUGAAAAAUGUAUACACAUGACAGCUAUCUAAUAUUAUGUUACGUGAAAUAAUUCUAAAGUUUUUUUCUAAUUUUCUUAGACUCUUCCUUCAGUGAGGGGGCACGCGGUAGCGUAGUUG